AUGAUUAAUCUUCACCAUUAUGUCUCCAUCAUUCCCACAGGCGAGAGACCUGCACCACGUAUUCCACUCGUGCGCCAAGCCUCUGAUCCGCUUAGUCAUCCAACCUCUCAACGUGGCCUCGCUGUGCCCGGUCCAACCGGACUUAGUGGUCAAUGGCCAAGUGGUCUUACCGAGCCCGGAUUGGCCAGCUUACAACCAGGUCAACUGCCCCUCUUCCAACAAGCGUUGCUCAGUCCGCGCAUUCAGACCGGGUUAAAAGGGGCAGAUUUGUCUGGCCGUGGCCUCCUUGGAGCUCCGUAUCAGACCGGGGCUAAUUUGACUGCAAUACAAUCCCAAAUUGGUCGAUUAAAUUUAAAUCAGUUGCAACAGUUGCAUCAGCAGCUAUUACAACAGUAUGAUCAAUUGCUCAGGCAACAGCAACAGCAACAACAGCCAGUUCUACCUGUGGAUCAGACAACAACCGGUCCGAUCGAUAGCGGACUGUACGCAACAGUUCAACGACCAAACCUACUCACAUUGUUGAANCAACAACAACAACAAGCACAAAGGCAAUCGGCUCUCGGUCCUGCUGCUCCGGCCUAUCAGUACGGUGCUCCUGGAACUAGUCUCCUGUCGGGGUUGAGUUCGGCCAAUGCGCUCAGCAACUUGGCUCGUGCUCUGCUUCCGUCGGGUCCCCUUACAGUGCCUCCAGUUGACCCGUCAGCCAUGACCAGCUCACUGGGACUACCCAAGUUACCUGCCUAUCAGACCGGUUCGGGAGUUGCGGCACAACAACAGCAGCCACCACCACCGCCACCACCAACCUUACAGCUGACCCCACAGGGGCUAGCGUAUGUCCCCCCAGCUCAACCUCCAAGUCGUCUGACAGUACCUACAAGCCUCGGCUCUUUACCGACCAUGGCUCCAUCCCUUGAUCCCGACCUGGAACGACUCUACCUCCAACUUCUAACAUCACGUACUUCAAGCUCAUUACAAGCUCCUAGCACAGCGCACUUUCAAAAUUUACUUAGACCAGGUGAUCUGGGUCCCGGAGAACCGUCCUCAUUGGGAGCGAGUACACCUUUGGAGAGUUAUCGACGCGUAACUGGUCGAAUGCCUGCCAUGGACCACAUACGUAGUCGAGGUCGAACACGAAUGUUACAGGCUAUUGGUCGAUCUGGAUCAGCUGAUGCGGCGCGGAUACCAUACGGAGAUCCGUAUGAUGUCGAACAAAACGAAGAUGCUGCCCUAUUAGCCCUUUUGGAACAAAGACUUGCGCGAAUGGAUGCACGGGGAAUGCUGUCGGAUACUGAAGCAAUUUUGGGCGAUGGAACGGACAUCCCAUUGAAAGUAGUCGGUCCACAGCAACGAUCCGGUCACGUCGUGGACGGAUCAAGUCAAGCGAUUAUGGGAGACUUCGCACCAGGAGGAGCGGUUCGCGUAUUUCUCCCAGCGGAUUCUCAUCGCAGUACUUCUCCAACCGAGCCAGCCGAACUUGGUUCAUCCCCUCCAUCUCCAAAUGGCGGUGAGUAUGCCGCGCUAUCCGAAGUGGCUAUUGGUCCGGCCUAUGAGAAGGAUCAACAUGGGCUCGAGUCAUUGCCACCUGGUAAGGGAGUGAAGCCCAUGCUUGCUCGAUCGCUCGACUGGUUGACUUACUGCACCACAUUCAUCCUAUUUCUUCCUUUGUCCCCUUCCCCUCCUCUUUCUUCCUUAUCCACCCCCACGCCCACCGCCACACUCGCGUUUGCCAAACUUGCUCUUUCCCAAUCCCGUUUUGACGCAACAGAAAUGGAUCGCGAAGCUGGCUUCUAUUCACGACAGCCCCGUAUACAUCUGGAACGUUCGCCUACAGCCACUCCGGAUCUUGGUCCAACGCGAUUACCUUACGGCCCUCCAUUCCGUGCCAGGACGUACUCAGGUUCUCCUAUACCUCAUUCGGUACAUGGGAUCCCAUCACGCAGUGUAGGUGGUGCGAUAUCUCCGACUCGACGGCUACGUCCCUGGGGUUACGAAGAUCAAUAUGCCCGUCCUGGAGAUCGGCCACCGGUGGAUAUGUCUCCUUGUAUCAGUCCAGUCCCAACCCCAUCCGCUCGUUUGCUGCGAUCACCUGUCAGUCCGCCGAUUCGACCAUAUGGUCGUUCCGGACCUGGUGGUCUGGACACGGGAAGUCAAUCGGACACCGGCCUCAUGGGUGACUACAGUGGUCGUGGACAUAUGAGUGGGGCCUGGUCCGCCCAUGAACAUCCAGUUCGACGACCCUACCGAAUAACUCGUGGCAGAGCUGAAGCUGGUUAUCCUCGUGGUGGUCGGGCAUCACAAAACCGAACGUUCCACAGUCCGGGUGGUGUUCCAGGUCCUGGAGAGGGACACGGUCUUGGACCGUUAGUACUUUUGUAUCCCAUUUCCCCGUUUCCGUUCGUCCAACCCAAUUUAUCUGACGGGUGUAACCCAUUUACAUCUUCAACAGAUCAUGUUCCCGAGGCUGCGCUGAUCGCAUUAAAUCGAUUGUCGGCAUCUACUCAUAUUUGGUAUCGACCGGAAAUGUCUCGAACACAAUGUGAGCAUUAUUUUUUAUCUGAGAUUCCGUAUACUUUGCUUGUUCCGCGGGAUGAGGCUACUAUCGACCUGCUCCGAGCGGACCCACCAGGCUCCUUUGUGGUACGGAACAGUGGGAGUUAUCCACGAUCGUUUGGCUUGGUAGUCCGGGUAGCUCGACAACAAACCCACGGUCCACCGGACGAGAAUGACCUGGUCCGACACUACUUGGUCGAAGGCCUACCGUCCAGUGCCACUGUGAUGUCCCAAGCAGUUGGGGUAACGGCCGCUUCACUAGCUCCUUCCAGUGUUCCUAUGGGUCCAACUGCAUUGAGUGUGAUCCACGGUGCUGUCCGAUUACGAGGUUGUGCAAACGAGCCCAUAUUUACCAAUUUAGUUAGCCUUUUAUACGAGCAUGUGGUUCAACCCCUGGCGCUGCCCUGCGUACUGCGACUUCCAUUCAAGUCCCCCACACCUUCAAGUAAUCUUCCGUCAUUGAUUGCGCUGUCUCGGGCCGCACAUGCGGAGCGACUGGCGCAUCCUGGUCGACCGCAUCCCCCGCCUUUCGGUGUGCACCAUUCCGCUGAAGACAGUCCAACUGCUGGACGUGGCCGAUCAGACAUACGUCGUGGCACGUUGACGCGCCACCCGUCUGAUCCGCUCCCAUCAGAUACAUGCAUGUCAGGGACAUUCUAUAGUACGCACACAGCCGGACCUCUACCUCCGGGCCAAUAUCCACCUGGUCGUUUUCCGGACGCUUUGGAGCCCGCUCGUGGGCCAUUUCCGCGAGGUCGAUCACCCACAUCAGCCUAUGAGACCGAAUAUGGGCCGGUUCCAGCUCCGUCAGCAAUGAUAAGCAGUGGCAAGUGGCGUACUUUCAUUUCCGUCUAUUUGGGAACUAUCGAUACGGAAAAUCUGACUGGAUCCGGAGCCAUUCGUAAGGCAGUUGAUGUUCUGUUGGAGAACGCUUCCCAGGUUAAGCAAACCGAAGUCACUAUUAAAGUUUCACAGGAUGGGCUCACAGUGACGGAUAAUUGGCGGAAACUGUUCUUCCGACGCCAUUAUCCGUUCUAUUCCGUUUCCUAUUGCUCUACGGAUCCUUUGCAGCGAUGGUAA